AUGUCGCCGGAGAAUACUGUGACAGCGGAUGUCAACGCCGCAGUGGUCAAAAAUGAGGAGAAAUACAUCCCUACAAUUGACCUGCGUGCAUACUUUGAGCCUGAGUCACCCACUAGCAAAGCCGAACUGUGCGAACAAGUCCGAAGAGCGUGCCUAGACCACGGAUUCUUCCAAGUCGUAGGCCAUGGUGUCCCCGUCGAAAGUCAACGGCGGAUGCUGGCGGCCUGCAAAACAUUCUUUGAUCAACCCAAGGAGAAGAAAGUGCGCCUCUCGCUCCACAAGUAUUCCUGGAGACGAGGAUAUGAGGCGCCAGGCCAGCAACAGGCCAAUGAUCCGCAUCAGGGAGAUCUUCUGCCCGAUCAGAAGGAGGGCUUCUUUGUAGGCAAUGAGUUGCCUCUGCACGAUGUCGGCUUUGGCAAGGGUCCAAAUAUCUGGCCGCCCGACUUGGCCGACAGCGAAUUUCGCGAACCGGUGAUGGAGUACUUCGCCCAUAUGAAACAAGUCGGACUCAAGGUGAUGGAGGUCCUAGCCGUGAGUUUGGGAUAUAAGCCAGACGUCCUAGAUACGUUCACGCGAGACAUUGCCCUGUUCCUCAAGCUUCUUAAAUAUCCACCGCAUACCUUUACAGACAAGCGACAAUUUGGAGCUGGCCAGCAUACCGACUAUGGCGGAUUGACCAUCCUCCUCCAACAGCCGGGUAAGGAUGGCCUAGAAGUCUGGCACGCGGCUACACACCAAUGGAUCGAGCUCCCCGCACUCGAAGACAAAUUUGUUAUUAAUCUGGGUGACUUGAUCCAGCGAUGGACAGGAGGUGUAUAUAAGAGUACGCUCCACCGCGUCAUCAACAAGGUUGGUGGUGAGAGAUACGCCGUACCGGCCUUUUGGCAUGGUGAUUUCAGCGCGACGAAUCCCUUCGAUUCAAAUGAUCCAAACCCGGAGACGGUGCAAGAAUUCAUUCGGAAGAAGUUCUACAAAGGCUACGGAAUUCCGGCGGAGACGGUUGUGACUUGA